CCCUAGUAGAAGCUGCAAUCAGGACCAAUGAAAGCAUGAAACCCUCACCCACCCAGUGACUAAGAGCUGGGUGUCUAUUUAAGAACUUUUGCAGACCUGGGCUGUGGGGUUUUAUUUGCCUUGUCCUCAGCCAGUUACUGUCUCCUCUGAUUUUGGUGUGUGUGUGGGGGAAGCUCCAGCCUAAGGACAGGUCACCUGGCCCAGCAGGCAACAUGUGUUACGGCAAGUGUGCCCGGUGCAUUGGGCACUCCCUGGUGGGCCUCGCCGUCCUCUGUAUCGUGGCCAACAUUCUGCUGUAUUUUCCCAAUGGGGAGACAAAAUAUGCCAGUGAAAACCACCUGAGUCGCUUCGUCUGGUUCUUCUCGGGAAUUGUAGGCGGGGGGCUGCUGAUGCUCCUCCCUGCUUUUGUAUUUAUUGGACUGGAAGAGGAAGACUGCUGUGGAUGCUGUGGCCACGAGAACUGUGGGAAAAGCUGUGCGAUGCUCUCCUCGGUGCUGGCGGCUCUCAUCGGACUUGCAGGAUCUGGUUACUGCAUCAUCGUUGCGGCUCUUGGCUUAGCGGAAGGUCCCCAAUGUCGUGAUCUAUAUGGCCAGUGGAACUACACCUUUGCCCACACCAAUGGAGAUUAUCUUCUUGACCCCUCCCAAUGGUCUGACUGCAUUGAACCCAAGAAUGUCGUGCAGUGGAACGUGACCCUGUUUUCCAUCCUCUUAGCACUUGGAGGAAUCGAAUUCAUCUUGUGUCUCAUUCAAGUAAUAAAUGGUGUAGUUGGAGGCAUAUGUGGCUUUUGCUGUUCCCGCCAACAGCAAUAUGACUGCUAGAAGAAGCAUUCCAGAUGAAAGGCCAAAAAGCUUCCUGAAUUUCACUGUAAUUUAUGUUCCAUUUUUAUUAAUUUGUAAAACUUUGUAUUAGUGUUUGUAUCAUAUUGCGUAUACUUUACUUUUAUAAAUUUGUAUAGAGACUGGUAUGUCUGCGCUGUGGCAAGGCCUGAACUUGGUGAUGUCAGGACUCAUCCAACACAAGAGAAACUUAAGCCUGCGUUCUAGGGGAUUUUCACUGGAAUAAGUGGAGACGGCUCCUUAGCCUACCAGGGCGCAAAACUGAGUGAUACCUUUAACAAACAUCCCUUGGAUAGAAAUGACAUUCUGAUACUUACUGCACACAUUUGCAUGUACUUUUGUUUUAAUGAGAAAGCAUCCUGCAAUGUUUUUGUUUUUGUUUUUAAAAAGGAAAGCAAAUGUAGAAAAGAAACCUUCUUUCACUGUUUAUAUGGUGUUUCCCAUUUGUAUAGUAUUUCCAAGCUUCCUCAGAAACUCCUUUAGCUCAGAGGACAGUGUUAACUGUGAUGGGGAACCUGCAUGUCCGCAGCCUGAGUGAGAGUUGCCUUAAUGGAGUUAUCCUGGGACCAAUGAAAGAGGCACCGAAUGCGACUGUCCCUCUAUAUCCUCCUAGCUGUGUCUUAGCAUCGAGAAAGGAGCUUUCGCAAAGUUAAGAGAAGACUGUAGAGAAGCCACCAAGGAAGAAAAACAAAGAGGGAGACGGAUCGAAGCAGUAAAUCCAAAACAAAACAGUAUUAUUGGAGGAAGAAGGGGUCCAACACCCCCCACCCAUGAUGAACUUAUGGGAAGAUAUUGACCAGAGUCAUGCAGAAUGGCUCAGCAUAGAUGGGUUUAGAGUUGGGUGUUUAAGUAUUUAGGGAAAAGAAGGACCAAGAGUAGGUACUGUGGCAAACACCCCAAGUCUUUGUAUAAAAAAAAAUAAAAGAGUGUAUUCAUCACAUUUUAA